AUGAGACGGUCCUCGCUGGCAGGCGCUCUCCGAAGGGCGACGCGAGGGGCCGCCGCUGCGAAUCACGCAGCUGCAGAGGCGGCUGUGGCGGUCGAGCUGCUGCGCGCUCAGGAGUCGCUUCUCGAGCCGGAGGAGGUGGGCAGCGCUUGGGAGGAGGCGAUCCGCGGCGACCCGUGCUCGGUGAUGCUCCGCAUGGAAAGCCUCGCCCAUGCCUCUCGCCACGCGGCCGCGGGCGGAGAGCCGCCCUCCGCCGUGGACGCUCUCCAGCGCGGGGCGCUGCUACUGCUGCUGCGAGCUGCGUACGCGGAGCGCGCCGCCGGCUUCUCGGAGCGCGAGUUGCUGCAGGCUGCGGUCGAGCUCAACUGUUUUUGCCCGCCGGCGCUGCUCGCGGCGCCGCUGGGCGAGCGGCUCGACGCAUUUGCGGAGUUUUGGGAGUCGGAGGCGCCGCGCGUCGGCUGA